UGGAUGGACAACCCAUCAACGAUAACAGUAGAGUACCAAAUGGGUUAUUUUGUUGCUUGACAAGCAGUCAAAAAUUACUUAUUCUUCGCCAGAUUCACGAUGGUGGUGUGUGAGGAACUAAACGGGAAGUCAACUUACGAACAAAUGCAGGGACAUAGUAACUUUGUGACGUUUGAUUCUUAUGGUCGUAUUCAGAUAGUGGGCUCCACCAUGAGUGACGAUAAACCAUUUGCUUGUAGAGUGCCUGGAUGUAAUCAGAAAUUUGUGAAUGAAGAUCACUUAGAGGUACAUCGUAAGAAACACGAUGUUCACCUUGGCUUCUCAGACUUCAGAUCACUUGACACCCCUGUUAUUGCGGAUCAGACUCCGACUCCGACAAGGUUUCUCAAGAACCUAGCAGGAGAAGAAGGUCUUUUUAAUGAUCUCCACCCAAACCCUUUUGAUGCAGAGUUCAGGCAAGCCAGCUCAAAGCUGACAGAAAAUGACGCUGAAGAUGGCUCGGAACCUAGCCCUAUUGACAUGUCAACAACCCUCACCCCCAUCGAUGCGGAAGCUUCUGGAGACUCGGACAUCGCAGGGAGAAUCCUGCUGGAUACAGAGGUCAAACCAGAGGAGGUCAGUGUGGAGUCUGACCCACAAACUGUGGGUGACCUCAGAGACAGUCCUGAGUUGCAGAAGGUGGUGACUCAACCCCAGGGGGCUACCACAGUGGUCGUUCUUUCACAGCCUAAUCUUCCGCAGGCUAAUCCUAUACAGCUCCAAGCUGUGAGUGACCAGUUUGCCCUGAAUGGCAUCCCCCUCAACGGUCCUAUCAUGAUCAAGCUAGCCACGGGCCAAACAAUUCCUGUCUUACCUCCGUCAGUCACCAACCCUCAAGUGGCUAUACCUACGGCAGUCUCGGCCAACCCCAACAAGGAACAGGACACUUUGGGGACUACCAUUGAUGGCAAGCCUGCACAGAAUAGCUCGGUCAAGAUGAAAUUGAAGAGCACAUUACUAUCCAACCAAUCCCAAGGUAACAUGAAUGUGAUGGCACAAGCCGUUGAUGUAGUCACAAAGCAGCAACAAGAAGUCAAAUUAUUACUCAGUAGGCCGACAUCAGUGAGUCAGCAAGAGAUAUAUGUUCAUAAGAGGCAGCGUGUUUCGGAGGAGGACGAUAACGAGAAUAAACGACAAAAGUUCCUGGAGAGGAAUCGAGCUGCUGCUAGUCGGUGUCGGAAUAAACGCAAACAGUGGGUAGUUGAUCUGGAAAAGAGAUCUGAUGACUUAAACGCAACAAAUAAUUCUCUCAAUACUGAAGUUGGCAAGUUGCGGAAUGAGGUGGCACAGUUAAAGGAACUUCUGUUAGCGCACAAGGACUGUCCUGUUACGUUACAACAGAGGGCAGCAGGCUUAUUUAUGAGAGUUGGUGACAUACCAGGCAAACAAGAGCAGGACGUACAUGAGGCAUCAGGGAUCAUCUCCAUAACAACCACUACCCUAUCGUGAGAGUGACUAAUGACCUCUCACCCUUCAUCACUUCAGAGGUCAAAGGUCAUUUGAGUAUCUGGUUUUUAUAUACUGUCUGACAGAAGUCAACUGUAAUCCUAUAUCCUGUAAAGGGUUGACAUUACUUGUCCUUGUGCAGUAUUAAAUCUUUUGAUAUGAUCUGUUUUCUGUUAUAACAUGCACUUUCCAUAGACUCUAGUCUGAGUUAUCUCAGGCUUAAUAUUCAAAUGCUUUAGUCACAAGUGUCUUGGUUAUUAAGACAUUUCCAUGUAUCAUUGAUCCAAUUUAUUUUGCUCAAAGCUUUCAACAAGAUUCAUUAAUAUACUACAUGUAGUUUGUUUGUACAUCAUUAUUAAAGAAUAAUGGCUUAUUCUGCAGCCUGGUAACCAUCCCUUAUUUAAUGCUUAGUGGUUAGUAGUGCGUGAGGUGCUGUUGUGUAGAGUAACAUCGACAGCUGGAUUAUCGUCAGCCGUAGAAAUAGAUGUCAAAAUAUGUUUCCAUACUUGUUUACAUUUGAAACAGCAUAGAAAGAUCUGCUUGCUUGCUCUUCAGAAGAGGUGACAUUACUUGUGGGAAUUCUAAAGUACAUGUAGGAAUUUCAUCACCUACUUGCCUUGCUAGCCUGAUUAAUUGAGUCAAGACAGGGUGCAGUAGUUUUAGAUUAACAAGCAUUUCAAAGGGAUGUCAGCAAACUUUGUAUUUAUGAUAGUUUCAUGAGACACUGCCCAGGUGUAUUGUUUGUUUGUGAAAUCCAACAACAAAAGUUGAAAAAGAUGAUUGAAACCAUCAGAAUUGAUGUGGUAUGGCCUGUGAGAUAGAUGCAUAUCCUGCUGCAGUCUGAUGAUGUAUCAAAUGAGUGGAAAAGUCUUGAACAUCAUACUGUGAAGGGGUCUCUAAAAUUGAUAUGAAAUUGAUGGCAAAGAAUGCAGUUGGACCGGCGGAAAUAAACAGCUUGUGAUCUCUUCAGUUAUUGACAGGCUUGGGGAGUGAAAGAAAAUGUCAACAUAGUCUAGCCUUCUUACCAUCUUACAUAUUGACUAGCACUUCAUUGAAAUUUGAACUCUCAAUUUAGGGAUGGAGACCUUGCGUAUUGCAUGGAAUUAUGGAUUGUUUUUAUUUUAUCAUGUUUAUCAAAUUCCAUAUGCUUUGAAAGUAAAUAAUGCCAUUCCAGCUUAGAUUCUAGAAUGAAUUGCCAGUAUUCUCGAAAGCAGCCUAACCAUGAGACAUGUUUAAACCACGUUUCAGUUUGAAGAUCUAGUCCACUGACUUAUGGAAUGCCAAAUGUCAACCUCUUCAUACUGUAUAAAUCACCAUAAGUCUGUGACUGAAUGAAAAUUCAAGGUUGUAUCUAUAUUGUUGAUUUCUCACAUUUAUGUCUUGAACAAUUGGUUUUGUUUAGAUCUACCUGUAAAGCCCUGUUUAGAUAUGAGGCGGUAAACCAUGGCAUUUUAAUUUUAUGGUUACAUCAGUGUAACACGCCUUACAUUUGUGUAUCUUAGAACACAAACCUUAGUGAAUAGGGGCAGGACCUUUGUUGCUUGUACAUGUAGUUACCAUUCAUUAACGCACACAAACAAAAUAGUCAAUUUUUUUGUGGCACUUUUCCAGAGCAUUUUUUAGUAAGCUUAUUAACAUUUGUUGACAUUUGGCCUUUCAUAAAUUAGUGGACCAAUGUAGGCUGCUUUUGAGAACAUGGGCCAACGAUAUCAUUAAAAUGCACUAAAGCAUUUGUACAAUAUA